GGUAAGGUAAGGUAGUGGUGGGGUUUGUUGACUUCCAUGGGGAUCUAACAAUCUAACAGUAAGCUACUGCAAGCCGGAAUCUCAGAUCAAGACUUGGCUGCGACUAUCUCCCGCUUAUUCACAGUUUAGCAAUUGGCGGUCUAUCUGACGAGUGAAGACUCAUCAACGGGCCUGUCUACCUUACGCUCUACACACUCAUUCACGACUCACAGACAUAUUUCCCACAAGGCGCAUCGCGAUAACGGCUCAAGAUGGCUGGGAAGAACGCUGUGAUCGUCGGCUUGAGCGGUUGCUCUUCCAGCGGGAAGACAACGCUCGCACGUCUUUUGAGAGACAUUUUCCCUAGUACCUUUAUCCUCCACGAGGACGAUUUCUAUAAAGCCGAAUCCGAAUUACCAAGCAAGAAUGGUCUCUUGGAUUGGGACUGUCCUGAAUCCAUAUCUAUCCCCGACAUGGAAAAGGCUCUGAUUCACAUUCGCGAAAAUGGUACUUUUCCUCCCUUUGUGGACUCAAAAGAAGACCAAAACUCCGUCGGAAAGUGCCCAGUCUCAGAUGAAAAGAUCGCCGCCAUGAAAGCCAAGGUCGAAGCCUGGGUCCAACCCGGCAAGUCAGGACACGGCAUCUUCACCGGAGGCAAGCUCAACAUCUGUCUCUUUGACGGAUUUCUUCUCUACUGUGAGGAGAUGGAGACGACCAUGGAGCUUAUCGACAUCAAGCUGUUUCUCCUUGUAAGCCGCGCGAAGGCGACGCAGCGGCGCGAGGCUCGCGAUGGGUAUGUCACCCUGGAGGGGUUCUGGCAAGACCCUCCCGGGUACGUGGACAAGAUUGUCUGGCCCAACUACGUCGAGUCCCACUCGUGGCUUUUUGAGAAUGGAGACGUCGAAGGGAAGCUAAAUGCGGAGGUAUUAAGUGAGAAGAACAUCAAGGCACAGGUUGGCAAGGGACUGGAUAUUGAUAUGGAGACUACUCUGGAGUGGACUGUUGACACUAUCAUCACGGAGUUGGAGAAGCGUGCUUCUGAAAAGUCUUAAGAAGACCAGCAGGAUUUCAUGAGAUAUUGAACUAAAUAUUCAAAA